ACUGACUCUAAAGCAGCACAUCUGCAUCUGCUCUCUACAAUCCAAACAUGGGAAGCCCAUUCAGCCUACUCAUCCUAUUCAGCCUAUUCAGCAGAUAUGCUCAGCAGCAGACCUGCUCUUCUCUUCAUAACCCAAAUAUGGUCUGCAAAUAUGCCGAAAAUGAACAGACCAUAUAUAAUAAUGAGGAGAUCAGGAUUGUGUUGGUGGGGAAGACCGGAGCUGGGAAGAGCGCCACAGGAAACACCAUUCUGGGAGAACAGUAUUUUAAAACCGAUUUCUCUCCUAAAUCUUUGACUAAACACUGUGCUAAGGCCAAUUCUAAAGUGGAUGGACUAAAGAUUGCUGUUAUUGACACUCCAGGUGUGUUUGACACGAGAAUUGAUGAAAAGAAAACCAUUAAAGAUAUUACCCAGAGCGUUGCUUAUGCUUCUCCUGGACCUCACAUCUUCCUGGUCGUCAUCAAACUGGACAGAUUCACAGAGGAAGAAAAGAAGACGGUGCAGAAGAUUCAGGAAAUCUUCGGAGAGGAAGCAGACAAAUACAGCAUGGUUCUCUUUACCCAUGGUGACCAGCUCAAAGGGAAACCUAUUGAGAAGUUCUUGAAGGACAGCGAAGAGCUGCAGGAACUUGUGGACAAAUGUAACGGCCAGUACCACGUCUUUAAUAAUGAGAUGAAUGAUCAUUCUCAGGUCAGGGAGCUGCUCGACAAGAUCAGAAACAUAACAGAGAAGAACGGAGGAAGCCAUUACACCACUGAAAUGUUCCAGGAGGCAGAGAGGAAGAUAGGAGAGGAGAAACGACGCAUCCUUAAAGAGAAAGAAGAGCAAAUGCGCAAAAAGGAAGAGGAAAUAAAGAAGAAAAUAGAGGAAAAGUAUGAGUAUGAGCUACAAAUAGGAAAACCAGCUGAGUGGAUGAAAAUGAUAGUUGCAGUUCGUGACAGAGAAAUGGAGACGAGUGUAACCAUAUAUAGGGUUGCGCAGGAAAAUUAUGCCAGACUGGAAGCUGAGAACAGUUGUUUAAUACUUUACCUGAUAAAAGUUAUCUUCAAUUUUUUUAAAAAUGUUUGGGGGAAACAGCAGACCUGCACUUCUCUACAUAACCCAACAAUGGCCAGCAAAUACUCCAAAAAUGAACCGACCAUACACAAUAAUGAGGCACUCAGGAUUGUGUUGGUGGGGAAGACCGGAGUUGGGAAGAGUGCCACAGGAAACAGCAUUCUGGGAAAACUUUGCUUUAAAUCAGAGUUUUCUUUUAACUCUUUGACUGAAGAAUGUGAAAAGGUUUUUGGUGUAGCGGAUGGGCAAUUGGUUUCUGUUAUUGACACCCCAGGUCUGUUUGACACCAGCGUUGAUGAAAAGAAAACGAGGACAGAUAUUGCCCAGAGCAUUUCUUAUGCUUCUCCUGGACCUCACAUCUUCCUGGUCGUUAUCAAAAUAGGCCGAUACACAGAGGAAGAGAAGAAGACAGUUCAGAAGAUAAAUGAACUUUUUGGUGAGGAUGCAGAAAAAUACAGCAUGGUUCUCUUUACCCAUGGUGACCUGCUCAAAGGGAAAACUAUUGAGGAGUUAUUGACGAACAGCAGAGACCUGCAGGAACUUGUGGCCAAAUGUAACGGCCAGUACCAAGUCUUCAAUAAUGAGGUCAAGGAUCGUUCUCAGGUCAGGGAGCUACUCAACAAGAUCAGAAACAUAAUAAAGAAGAACGGAGGAAGUCAUUACACCACUGCAAUGUUCCAGAGGGCAGAGAGGGCAAUAGAAGAGGAGAAACAACGAAUCCUUAAAGAGAAAGAAGAGCCACUGCGCAGAGAGAGGGAGGAACUGAAGAAGAAACUAGAGGAAAUGCUUAGAAAACAAAUGAGAGAAGAGAAGGCUGACAAGGAGAGAGAGAAAAAGCUAAUGGUAGCUCAUGAACAAGAAAUGGACGAGAAAACGAAGCAACUGAGCGAAUUGCAGGAAAAGCAAGCUAGACAAGAAGCUGAGGAAAGCACUGGCGUUCUCAAAAUUAUAGUUUUGGUUGCAUCAGCAUUAGCCUUGGGUGCUGUUUUUAUUGUGAAAGCAAGAAAAUAGCUGUAUUGAUAUUUGGCUGUAACAUGCUGCAUCUUGUGCAGUGAAUCCUCUUUCAAGUGUUUUUUGUUACAGUUUGAACAUUUUACUGGUUAAUGAUAAUUUACAUAUUUUAAGUGUUGGUUUGUUGUGUAUGAUGCCACUUAGUCACCUGGAUACUAUAUGCUCUUUUCAUCAAGAAUCACAAUUGAAAUAUGAGUCUGUCUUUGUGGAAAUUUGUUUUAAUCAUUGUUAACAUCAUGGGUGUGGUUUAAUGUCCUCUGCUGUUAAUAAUUGUACAAGAUUAUCCAUACAUGUUUAGUGGUGCCUAGAUUGUAAAGACUUUGUUGCUAUGCUGAUUAUGAAAUAAAGCUUUUAAUAUU